AUGCUGCUCCUCGCCCUGGUCGUACUGUCGGCAGUGCUCUUCUGCAUGGUCAAGACCAUGCAGAACAACGAGGCCUGGGAGGCCGAGGAUGCCGAGGUCUGGGGCCGCCGGCCCCCCUCCCAGCGCCACGCCCUCCACAACGCCGCCCAAGACAAAGCUGCCGCGGCGAAAAAGAUGAGCGAAGCGGAUCGACAGGCCGAGGGGCGGUGGUUCAGGCGGGUGCGGGACGUGCGCGGGGAGUGCCGGGGCCAGGUCCAUCUGGUGAUGCAGUUCCCGGUGCUGGCCGCGGUGGACUUCCGGCAGGAGCAGAAGGAGGUGGUGGUCGACGAGCACCUCGAGAUGGACGCCCGGCGGCGGCUCUACAACCACCUGGCCUACGUCAACUCCCUCCCGCCCGUGCACCGCGAGCGGCGCCAGGCCGAGUACGCCGAGACCCUGCGCCGCAACGUCGCGAAUCCUUACGUGAAGGAGAUUCACCUGCUGAUGGAGCGGGAGGCGGACAAGGCGUUCAUCGUGAGCCAGGGUGUCCACGACCCGUGCGGCAAGCUCAAGUUCGUCUUCCUCGGCAAGUACCUCACCUACCACGAUGCGAUCCAAUACGCCGACGAGCAUCUGAAGGGCGAGAUGGCGAUGAUCAUGAAUUGCGACGUGUUCCUGGGCGAGGGCUUCGGCGCGCUCACGCGAGACCACUUCCACGUCGGAGCUAAACCGCACAACAGCAGCAGCAGCGAACCCGUCGCUGCCACCAGUGGCGACCAGCAGAAGGCGACGGCCGGCUCAGCUGACGAGGAACCGGGGCAGCAGCAGCAGCACGGGUUCAAGGUGUACGCGCUGUCGCGCUACGAGCUGACGUCGCCCUUCUGCGUGGAGAAGAAGAACGAGCACUGCCUGGCCCGGGCCGACAUCUCGUCGCUGGACGCAUUCCUCUUCCUGAGCCCGCUGCCGUUCAACUUCAGCGCCAACGUGGCCGAGCUGGCCAUCAAGCAGAACACGUGGGGCGCCGAGAACGCGCUCGUCGAGGCCAUGCGCGAGAAGGGGGCCGUGCUCAAGAACCCGUGCCACCUCCUCCAGCUCGGCCACAUGCACUGCGACGGCAAGUUCCGACCCAACCAAGGGACGUAUCAGGGCAAGGCCAAGAUCGAGGUGUCGGACAAGCUCGGGCGAGUGGGUCGAGCCUACGAGCUGUAA